AUGAUGUCAAAGCAUCCUUGUAUGGAAAUGCCCCGUUUGCCGUCUUUUCUCAUAGAUAUCCCAAACCGCUCAGUAAACGCUUGGAGAAGGAGGGCGCAAAACUCUUCUUUUACAAUGCUGUUUUGGCUCCUAACAGUUCUUUUUCACCAAAUGAAAAGGAGGUGGCCGACUAUAAAUGGGUUGUUCGGGAAGAAUUCUGGUCAGCAGUACCUUCCAAGAAGUACAAAAUGUGUGUAA